AAGAACGGAAGUGUUCAUGUGUUGACAUGCGAAGAGCCGCAUGUGUUUAGCCGACAGUCUGUGGGAAGCAAGGAACAAGGACUGCGUCUGUCCAGGAACUUGACUAUCGGAAAGAUGACUGCCCAGGAGGUACGUCUGUGUGGUCUCCUGCUGCGGGAGCACUUUGGAGAAGUGGUGGAGAAAGUGGGAACACACCUGCUCAGAAGUGGAGCACAGAAUUUAAGGACCAUCAUUCAUGAGACUGGCAUCUCACUGGACCUGGUAAAGAAGUCCCUGUGUGUGCUCGUGCAGCAUGGGGUCUGUGUGUUCAGCUCCGGCCGCAAAGGAACUGGGAGCCCCACGGAGUAUCAGACUAACUGUGAUCGGAUUCUGAGAAUCCUGCGAUACCCGCGCUACAUCUACACCGCCAAAACCCUGUAUGGUGACACUGGAGAGCUGAUCAUAGAGGAGUUACUUCAGAGGGGUGACAUGACCAUGAGCAGCACGGUUAAGACAGUUGCCGACCGCCUCACACAGAACAUGGAGGAGGGUCACAGCAUGGAUUACAGUGAAGUGUCUAAUGCCUUCUCGAAACUAGUGGAGACCCAUUUUCUUCAGCGAUGCCCUCCAAUGGCGGGAGCAGGAACAAUAGCCAGUGCUACUCCAGCUACCCCCGCAACCCCUGGUACUCCUGCUGCCUCUGUUAGCACCACCCUGCCCACACCAGAGAGCUUCCCUGACUGUUACAAGGUACCUCACGUGACACUCAUAGGGCGAGGCAAACGCCAACUCUCCAGUGAGGAUGGAGACGACCAAAGGAAUGCAAAGAAGGCAAAAUUAGAUUCAGAGACACAUGGUGAUGAGGGGAUUUACUGGCAGGUGAAUUUUGAGAGGUUCCAUCUCCACUUCAGAGACCAGGCCAUCAUCAGUGCCGUAGCCAACAAACUGGACCAGACCAGCAGUGAGAUAGUAAGGACUAUGCUGAGGAUGAGUGAGGUGACAACUUCGCCCACAGCCAACUGCACAAAGCCCCUCUCAGCCAAUGAGAUCUUCAGGUCCCUCCCAAGUAGUUACAACAUCCCCAGACCCAUCUUAGACCAGUACCUCACGCUACUGGUCGAUGACCCGAUGGAGUUUGUGGGGAAGGCCGGUGAAAGUGGAGGAGGGAUGUACGUUGUCAAUCUGCAUAGAGCGCUGGCGAAUCUGGCUCGGGCGACGCUUGAGUCUGUAGUACAGGAGAGAUUUGGAUCCAGAUCAGCUCGCAUCUUCCGUCUGUUGCUAAGGAAACGUCAUCUGGAACAGAAGCAGGUGGAGGAUUUUGCCAUGAUUCCAGCCAAAGAGGCUAAAGACAUGCUCUACACGCUGCUUUCACAGAACCUGGUCCAGCUACAGGAAAUCCCAAAGACUCCUGACUAUGCUCCCUCUCGCACCUUCUAUCUUUACACCGUCAACCAACUCCCUACUGCACGAAUGCUACUUCAAAACUGCUACAAGACAGUAGCCAACCUCAUAGAGCGACGCCUGUUCGAGAGCAAAGAAAGCAAGCGUCUGCUGGAGAAAUCCCAGCGAAUCGAGGCCAUUCUGGCAUCUCUGCAGGCCAGCGGGGCUGAGCCUGAACAGCUGACUGAGGUUGAGGAGAUGAUCACUGCUCCUGAAAAGCAACAACUGGAAGCCUUACGACUUCACAUCAAUAAGUUAGAUUCAGCAGAGAACCAGGUAGAUGAAACCAUAUUUCUACUAGAAUCGUACAUCACCUCCACGGCCACAAGUUGAGACUCGAGAUGUACAAGCAUAGUACCUGUGCCAUUAUUGCCUUUUUGUGUAUGAAUGCUGUCAAAUAUGGCUGUUUUAUAGUUUAUAUGGCUGGAUUGUUUCAGUUUGGAGUGAUAUAAAAUCUGGAUAGAUUAUUUUGCUUGUUUUUAUUGCAUACAUCAGCAAAUGAAUAAACUGAGCACAAGAAUA